UGAACCUAGCGACUUUCGCACAACAGAAGAUAAAUAUAAACAAAAAAGAUUGACUAAAUAAUUGUUAGUCUUCUUUAUAAAAGAAUCAAUUUGUAAAUUUGCGCUAUAUAGCAAAAUUUUAUAUGCAUAUCAAAUAUAAACGCGUAAAAACAGCAUACUCUUGUUAUAAUAUAACGUACAAUUGAAAGUUGCAUCUGUAUCAAUUGUUUUCAACGACACAAUAUAUAAUACGCAUUGUAAUUUGUCGCAACGAUUAACAUUUUUGGUCUGACAAACGAUCUCCAAAUCAGUUUAUUAAUUAUUUUGAAUAAAGAAAUCGAGAAGUUGUAGGGAAGAAAGUUGAUACAAUCCUGAUUUUUGCCGGUUGAACAUCAUAGCAAUUCGUGGUGGUGGAAGGGGUUUGCGUGUAUGUAGUGGGGAGGAAGGCAGAUUUCCGUUCAGGGGCGCGUUUACAGCGUAGCGCAGCCGGCGGGAGAGGCGAAAGGCGACGCGGGAGAAGUGGAAAGCCGUGAAGAGUGAGCUGACGAAGGGAAGAAUCGGGGUCCACAACAAAAUCGCUUAAUCGCUUUGCGCCACCGUCCGCAACGGAACACGGGUCGUCCGCCGCCAUCACGGUGCCCCCUAGUGUGCAUUUAUGUCUUUCUCUUUUUCCAUCUCUCUCUGUGAUUCGUUACGCCACUUCGUGCCGCGACGUUUUCACGGGCAAACGGAAAGUGACAACUGCCAGUCGUCAGCGCGGUACGUGCUUUACGUGACGACUGACAAUUGUCCGUGUGUCAUCGCGUGAACACGCGUUUUCCUUCACAAAAGACAUAUUUCUUCGCGAAGUACGAAGACAUCUCUGUAUCAAGUGUCAUAACUAUAGCAAAAGUGAGUGUCUUCUGCGGACCUUGGCACGGAGUUGCCAAAUAUUGGCUAAAGUUUAGUUCCAGUGGUGAUAUUCUUCGUAGGCCAGGUCAUGGUAAGGAAACUGGAUAUGAAGAUCCUGUCGAUCUUUCUCAAACGACAUUCUGCAUCGCAUUUACGCGCGCUGGUGUGCGUGACAAUAAUCCACGACGUUUAACAACCUGUCGCAUUCGGAAAGACGAAUUACACGUUCCUCCAUGCGCGCCUCGUGGCUUCUCUCCAUGAGGAUUUGGAACAGUUGCCGCGUGCACGUUCGAAUCGCUGUCGCCGAUUACGCGGCGGCAUGGCCGGGCAGCACUACUGCCUGCGCUGGAAUAACUAUCAAUCGAAUAUGACAUCCGUUUUCCAUCAACUACUCCAGACAGAAGCUUUCGUCGAUGUUACUCUAGCAUGCAACGAAGCUUCCUUAAAGGCACACAAGGUGGUACUAUCGGCGUGUAGUUCCUACUUUCAAAAGCUCCUACUUUCAAACCCCUGCAAACAUCCGACAAUCAUUAUGCCCCAAGAUGUAUGCUUCAAUGAUCUCAAAUUCAUCAUAGAAUUUGUCUACAGAGGAGAGAUCGACGUUUCGCAAGCAGAACUUCAGAUGCAAACUAGAAGAGAAAUGAUGGGAGGAGAAGAGUUGAGAUGGAAUACAAGAAGAGAAACGCGGAGAAGAGUGACGGAGAAGAAGAAGAAGAAGAAGAAGAAGAAGAAGAUGCUGCAAAAAGGGAAGGAGAGCGAACGGCAAUGUCGAACGGAGAGAAACAAGAGAAUUCGCGCUUCUUCGGUCGACUUUAGACACGCGGUUUCUACAGUGGCGUGCAUUCGUGCCGCAUAACUUGGACGUUAUUCAUGUAUGCAUGUAUACAGUAAGCUCGCGUGUGCGUAGGAACGAUUGGAGCCGCAAAUUCCUUUUGUCCGCGCAAGCACUGAAAUUCAUGUCUCGUGUCCUCUCUCUUUCUGGAGCACUUUCCCCCUUCUAUGGACGGUUUUUCUUUUUCUUUCGUUCUUUCUUUCUUUCGUUUCACUUUGUUUCGAUUUUUCUAUUCUUUCUUGCAAUGGUCUCGAUCUUCCGAAUUGGAGUUCUCGUUCUUCGACGAUGC